GGUUGUCAUGAUGUGUGUGACCCAAACCAAAGUCAUGAUCGCCACUGGUUAGUUGCUCUUGGCCCCAUCAUUGAUGAGUUCCAAUGGUCUGUUUCAUACAGAAGCUUCCUCUGUUCAUUCUCAACGGACCCCCAAACCCAACUUCUUCUCUCUCUCCUUCUCUCUCCUUGUCUUAUUUCUCAAUCUCAGCUCAAUAGUGAAAGUAAAAAAGGGUAUACCCGUUAGGGUUAUUGGUCUAUUUUUUUUUAUAACUUGAUUUCUCUGUAAGAUUGGCCAAAUCGUCUCUCCUCUCCAUUUCGCUUUUGCUUUUGCCUUUUCAUGAGAGUUACACAGUUGGGUUCUGUUCAAUUUCAUGUUUCCGAGGCUGAAUUCACUGUAGUUCAGUGAUUCUGCCUUUUUGUUGUUGUUGUUGCAGAAGCUGAUUUCUCAACUUGGGAGUUUUGACUUUUUGUUUGGUUCUUUACAAUGCCUAAAUCCAACCACGAAAAGCAAGAUCAGAGGAAUGGCUCUAGCAUGGAGGAUUCCUCUAUGACAAUUGAAUUCCUCCGGGCACGGUUGCUCGCUGAGAGGUCUGUCUCAAAAAGUGCUAGACAAAGAGCUGAAGAACUUGCAAAAAGGGUAGAGGAACUGGAGGAGCAACUUAGAAUUGUUUCUCUUCAAAGAAGGAUGGCCGAGAAAGCAACAGUAGACGUUCUCACCAUUUUGGAGAAUCAGGGAAUCAGUGACACUUCUGAGGCAUUUGAUUCAAGUUCUGAUCAGGAAGCUCAGCAGCAACCCCAUGAGGGUAAUCAUUACCCAAAUCAACAGGGGCACUUCGCUUCUAGGAGACGAAGCGAAUUGGAGGAAUUUUCUGGUUCUGACCGUGAUGCAUCUCCAGUAUCUGGUAGAAGCUUGUCUUGGAAAGGCCGUAGCAAGUCUCCUCGUUCUCGUGAAAAUUACAAGAAUCCUUCCAUGAGAAGACGGAAUGCUUAUUCAUCCCUGGGUUCUUCUUCUUCUUCUUCGAGACACCAUCUUGGUAAAUCUUGCCGCCAGAUAAGACGCAGAGAAACAAGGACGGUGGUUGAGGAGCACAAAACAGAGCCUAUCAAGUUUGAUUCUCUAGAAAAUGAAUUUGCUAGUACUACCCCACCAGAAGAUGUUCUAGAUUGCUCAGAUUCUAGGUCAGGAACAGUGAGAAAAGGUUCUGAAAGCAAGAAAGUAUUAUCAGAGGGUCCUCUUUCUGGCGGUGUAGGAAGUCAAAGAAGCACUAAUCAUCUUUGCGUCAAUGGCCAUGGGAAAGACAGAGACAUGGAAAAAGCAUUAGAAGAUCAGGCACAACUUAUCGACCAAAAUGAAGAUUUGGAGAAGGCUCAAAAUGAAUGGGAAGAGAAGUUCAGAGAAAAUAACAUUAGCACACCGGAUUUAUAUGACCCAGGAAACCACUCAGAUAUAACUGAGGAAAGAGAUGAGGUCAAGCCUCAAACACUUCACAACAAUGGGACGGAUAUCUCAGAUAUAACUGAGGAAAGAGAUGAGGUCAAGCCUCAAACACUUCACAACAAUGGGACGGAUAUCUCAGAUAUAACUGAGGAAAGAGAUGAGGUCAAGCCUCAAACACUUCACAACAAUGGGAUGGAUAUCUCAGAUAUAACUGAGGAAAGAGAUGAGGUCAAGCCUCAAGCACUUCACAACAAUAUCUCCGAAGUCGAAGAGGCAAAGCCAAAGAAAAUAGAUUUAUCCAAACUACAGCCAAAUGGUAUUUCAGCACCUUCACAUGUUGAGAUGGUAGAGGAUCAGACAAGCAGCAGAACCAAUUCUGUUGGUUCCAGAUCUCAAGCUCAAGAAUUUGCAUUUCCUACAGCAAGAGAAAGGGAAAACCAAAAGAGUGAGAAUAACCAUGAUUGUCAACCAUCAGAAAUCCUCUGCCCUGACCCACCUUUGCAUGGGCCACUGAGCACCCGGUCAUUAAUUAGCACUUCAUCUGAGGUAGGCCGCAGUUCCCAUAAAAGAGAUGUUUCAGAAGGCCAAAAUGACCUCUAUGCAUUGGUACUUCACAACCCACCUAAUGCUUUAGAUGGUGUGUUGAAUGCACUCAAACAGGCAAAGUUAUCACUACAUCAGAAAAUUAAUAAAUUGUCACCAGAAGGCAGGAUUACUGUUAACAAAUCCAUUGAACCUUCUCCAUUUGAUACAAGAAUUGGGGACAGAACAGAGAUUCCUGUUGGGUGUAGUGGGCUUUUCAGAUUACCAACUGAUUUCUCCGCUGAAGAAGCUAAUAUACGAGCCAACUUCCUCAGUUCUGGAUCUCACUUGGCACCACAUUAUCCUGAUAACAGAAUUGCAUUAACUGCUCCGGAUCAAUUUGUUUCCACAUCAUACUUCGAAAAUCAACCAGGAUUUCGAACUGAUGACCGCUUUUUCACAAGCAGCUCUGUACCAUCUGGGGCCAGAGCUUCUACUUUAAAUUCACGUUACGAUACUUACUCGGAUAAUGGACUCAAUAGAUAUAAUUAUACUUCCCAUCCCUCUUAUCCUCCUUUCCCUGAUUUAAUGCGGCAGAUACCCUCAGAUGAAGGAUUACUAAGACCCUUUCCUAGUAGUAGGUCAUAUGGAUCAUCUGCAGAACGAUCACCAUUCUAUGGUGAUCAAGUUCGACCUAAUAUGUAUAGGUAGUAUUAUACCAUAUAUACUCUUCAGGUUAUUCCAACUGCAUCUUAGAAUUAGUUAUUGGUUUUAUAUAUUGGUUCUAGUUUCUGUACUAUUAGAAGGGAGAAUGGUUUUUGUACACAGUUAUAGACAGACAAUUUCCUUCAUGUUUAUGUUUCUGGAUCAUAAUUUUGAUUCUAUUUUCUGAUAUAAAUUUCUAAUUCUAUUGUGACUA